UUGUAAUUUUUGACUCGUUACAUUCCACGGAAGAGUUACAAGCAUUUGCUUUCCUUUAUUGUGAUAUAGGGGACGUGUUAAUAUUUUUCUCUUGCACACAUUUCAUUCAUUCCAUCAUUAGCUAGAUAUCAGUGGCACAGACGAACCAAUAUUAUGAACAAUAAUUAAAUGACCAAGAACCAAGAACUCGUUCGUACGCCGCACUUGUGAUUCAAUAGCGCUAAUUAUUUGCACGAACAGAACUGAAAGUUAAUUAUCUAGAAAUGGAUUUAGCGGUACUGAAGCAGGAGGCUGCAGACCUGGGAUUGACUGAUCCUCGUGAUAUUGCUAAGUAUGUACAGGACCAGCAACGAGACCUGCGGGCGGAACGCAGAGAGCGGGAGGAUCGCGAACGCGAGUUUGCGGCCGCCCAGGCGAUGCGGGAGCACGAGAUUCGAGUGUUGAUGAGCCUGUUUUUGUGUCUCCUGGCUGUAUCCGGGGCGUUCGCAGCACUGCAUGCAAUAAAGCGUUCUCCUAUGAAUGGAUUCGAUGUCUUAGCUAUGAAACCGCUUGGAGGUGAGGGACUAACCGGUCCGAAUUAAUAAAUAAAUAAAGAUUAAAAUU